AUGGACGCGUGGGAGAACGACGGCGGCGGCGGCGCCGACUCUUACUCCUCCAGCACCACUACUGGCGGCGCGACGGCGGAAAUAUUCGAGGAGCAGCAGGCGGCCAGGGAGGAGGAGACGACGGAGAAGGUGUUCGUGGCGGUGCCGGAGCAGCACAAGAGCGGCAAGUCCCUUCUCGCGUGGACGCUCCGGCACGUCGGGGCCGUGGCCGGCGCUUUCGUGGUGGUGGCACACGUCCACGCGCCGGCGCAGAUGAUCCCGAUGAUGGGAAGCAAGUUCCAUGCAAGUAAACUGAGACCAGAGCAGGUUAGUGCUUAUAGACAGUAUGAGAGGGAGAAGGUUGAGAAACACUUGGAUGAGUACAUUCACCAGUGCUCAAAAAUGAAGGUCAAAUGUGAGAAACUUGUGAUUGAAAAUGAUGAUGUUGCUAAAGGGAUUGCAGAGAUUGUUUCACUGCAUGGUGUGAGCAAACUCAUCAUGGGAGCAGCUGCUGACAAGCACUUCUCUAGGAAAAUGAAAAUGCCUAAAUCCAAGACGGCGCUUGCUGUCCUGCAGAAAGCUGAUACUUCGUGCAAGAUUUGGUUUGUUUGUAAGGAACAUCUGAUAUGCACUAGGGAGGCUGGUGCUCCUGUGCACAGUGCAGCAACACCCCCAGCUUCCACAAGUUCAAUAUCCAUUUUAUCUGAGUGGGGUGGACAACCAAACGGAUAUGCAUGCAAUGCGGUUGAUGAUCACAUACAGAGGUCGAUGUCAGAAAAGGUUGUGCCUGCAUCUGUUAGAACAUCAUUGCGACUACCUUCUCGGUUGUCUGUGUGGACAAGUCUUAGCAGGCGAAGCAUAGAGGAUACCUUUGUCAGUUCCUGGGAUAGUGUUCCGAGAGGUAAUUUUCCAAGUUCGCACCAAGCAUCCUCUACUGUGACUGACGAGGGGUUCAGUGACUACAGCUCAUUUUCAACACCUAGGCAUUAUGCCUCUGAAAUCCGACCCUUAGUACAUGUUGGCAAUAAUCUUCAGAACUCUCCAUGCCAUGAACAGGAUGCCAUGAAUUCAAAUAUUGACAUAUUUGAUAAACUUGGAGAAGCCUCCACUAAGGCUGAGAACCAUCAGAAGCAAGCGUUUGAUGAGUCUGCGAGGAGAGAAAAAGCAGAGGAAGAACCGGUUUUGUUUCGCCGAAAGGCAAACAAUUGUGAGGAUUUAUCUUUGGAUGAGGCAAAGAAGAGGAAAGAAGUCAAGGAAGCCCUAGCGAAGGCAAAUGGCGUCAUAGAAUGGAUGAAGCAAGAAAUGGAUGCACUUAAACGUGACAGAGAUGACAUCAUUGAUAAACUUGUUAAGGUGAGCGAACAGAAGGAAACAUUGGAGCAACAAGUCGAUGACUAUGGUGGCAUUGUCAAGGAUCUUGAGGACACGUUGGCAGCAAGUAAAUCCCUUAUUCAUUCACAGAAGUUGGAGUAUGAGAAAUUGAAGCAUGAAAGGGACAACGCGCUCAAGGAUGCAGAUGGGCUGCGCAAAGAGAAAGAGAAGACAGUAUCACCUUGCCCAAGUUUGACAUGGAACACCGAAUUCUCUUUGUCAGAGCUGCAGCUGGCAACACAGAAUUUCAGUGACACACUGAAGGUUGGUGAAGGUGGAUUUGGGCGUGUCUACAGAGGUCUCCUGCGCAACACAACAGUGGCAAUUAAGAUGCUGCGCUCUCAUAACUUGCAAGGGCAGUCGCAGUUUCGGCAAGAGGUUGUUGUUCUUAGUAGGGUGCGGCAUCCAAACCUUGUAACGCUUAUGGGUUCUUGCUCAGAAGCUUCAGGUCUUGUGUAUGAGUUCCUACCAAAUGGAAGCCUUGAAGACCGUCUAGCCUGUGAAAACAACACGCUUCCACUAACAUGGCAAGUCCGUACGAGGAUCAUUGGUGAGAUAUGUUCUGCACUCGUCUUCCUUCACUCUAACAAGCCUCACCCAGUAAUCCAUGGUGAUCUGAAGCCUGCAAACAUCCUCCUUGAUGCCAAUUUGGUCAGCAAGCUCAGUGAUUUUGGCAUCUCUUGCCUCCUAGUUAAGUCUAGCACAAUGUCCACAAGCCUCUACCAAACGAUGAACCCAAGAGGCACUUUUGCCUACAUGGACCCUGAAUUCCUUACCACCGGGGAGCUAACAGCACGGUCUGACAUAUACUCUUUGGGCAUUGUCAUACUCCAACUAGUAACUGGGAAGCCAGCUUUAGGCAUUGGAAGGGCAGUGGAGGAUGCACUUGAGAAAGAUGAGUCGGAGCUUCUUGUUGACCAAUCAGCUGGGGAGUGGCCAUUUGUGCAAGCCAAGAAGCUGAUGCUUCUCGGUCUGCAGUGUGCAGAGCUUAGCAGAAGAAGGCGACCGAGUCGUAUGAGUGACGUGUGGUGCGUGAUUGAGCCCCUGGUGAAAUCAGCUUCGCUGUCAACCACAUCACGGUCCUUUGGAUACCGGUUUGUUGAGAGCCACACACCUUCUUGCUUCGUAUGUCCUAUUUCUCAGGAGGUGAUGAGGAAUCCUCAUAUUGCUGCAGAUGGGUACACUUACGAAGCAGAGGUCAUAAAGGGCUGGCUCCACAGUGGGCGCAGCACGUCCCCAAUGACAAAAUUACCUCUGGCACACCAUCAUCUCAUCCCGAAUCAUGCUCUUUAUUCUGCUAUACAGGAACACUUCAAGCAGCAGCAGCAGCAGAAGCCACCAUUGUAA